AUGUGGCGGCUACUGUGUGUGGCGGCAGUGGCUUCCCUCACGGCAGCUGUGCCUAAUGGAGGUUCUCGGCAUGUCGAUGCAGGCGUUCUGCGCGACCUGAACGAGAUAGAGGCGGGUCUCUACGCCAGGAACAUAACGGCUGUGAAGUCGGUGCUUCUGACGGUGGCCGGAUCCUCCAAUCUUAGUGGGGACGAGGUGGAUGAAAUCCUGGAGGGCGUGAACGGCAUCGUUAAUGACACGCUUGAGCCAUCCGUCAACCUGGAUUUUUCCAUCGCACAAGACCAGAUGGAUGGCUUUUAUGAGCUUUUCAUCAAGUGUGAGGAGGACCAGCUUCAUGCUUUCAACAGGUCUGUCAAGGAUCAGGCCGUAACCGUGGACCUCACGAGCGAGCACGAGCUCUGUCGAAAGCAGCAGUCCUUGCUUUCGGACCAGGUCACCUCCUGCGCUACACUUCUUUCAGCUGCGGAGAGCAUCGAAUCUGCCAAGUGCACGCUCUACAAGGAGACCGAUGUGCUUCCAACCGCUCCACCAUGCAUGGCCCAUGGAGGGGAGGAGGUGGAAGCUUACCACGAGCGGCAAAUCAAGGAGUUCGAGGCGAGCCUGGGCAACCUGCUGAUGCGCAAGCACGAGUGUGGCAAUGCGACGGAGAGGCUUUUGGCUCAGAGAGCUCAGUGCACCAACAGAACUUCGGAGCUCUCGGACUUGAAGGGCCAGUGCGACUUCAAGCAGCUGAAACUGGACAACUCCGUCUGCGACCUCGCUGCGAAGAUGGGGAUCGACUGCGCAGCAUACAACACUUGCAGACAGCAGGCCAUGUACUCCUUCAUGGAGGCCAACAGCUCCGUCAGCAUCACUGAGGCAGAGCUACAGAUGACAUGGAAAAUGUUGCAGCAAGUCAGAUGCAUGGUCGACGCCGCAAAGAGCCGGGAUCCACAUUUGGUCGCGAUCUGCAGUGAAAGAAAGAACUACAGCGUGGCACAUCUCACCAUCAACUAUACCGGCGUGCCGCCCUUUGCCCCGUGCCAGAGCCUCUCGGAGCCCCCUGGUUCGCCGGAGCCUCUCGGCUUCGAUUCCGGCCUUGAAGGGCUCUGCUAA